UGUUUUUUUGUUUCUUAUAAAUAGACAUAGAUAUGCAUGGAGUUGAUGAAAGAGCAAGCAUUAGAGAAGAAUUAAUCAUGGCAGUGAACAUCACAGCUAUCAAGAUAUCAUCAAGUGGAGUUUGGCAAGGGGAUAACCCUCUUAACUUUGCCUUUCCUCUUCUCAUUAUCCAAACCAUUCUUGUUCUAUUCCUUAGUCGCUCUCUUGCUCUUCUCUUCAAACCUCUUCGCCAACCCAAAGUCAUUGCUGAGAUUGUUGGAGGGAUUCUAUUAGGUCCAUCAGCACUGGGACGUAACCAGACAUACAUGCAAAGAGUAUUCCCAGCAUGGAGCACAACAAUUCUAGAGUCAGUAGCCAACAUAGGUCUCAUCUUCUUCCUCUUCAUCGUCGGUCUCGAUCUUGAGCUCCGUUCUAUUCAACGCAGCGGCCGUCGAGCUUUAUCCAUUGCAACUGCAGGCAUUGCCUUCCCCUUCACCCUUGGCAUUGGCAUUGCCUUCAUUCUCCGCAAUGCCAUCUCCGGUGAACACUCAGUUGGCUAUGCCCCCUUCCUUGUCUUCAUCGGUGUCGCACUCUCUAUCACUGCUUUCCCAGUUCUCGCCCGCAUACUCGCUGAGCUCAAGCUCUUGAACACGCCUCUCGGUGAGACUGCCAUGGCUGCUGCUGCUUUCAAUGAUGUUGCUGCGUGGAUAUUGCUAGCUCUCGCUAUAGCUAUCUCUGGUGGUGAUCACCAUAAAAGCCCACUGGUUUCUUUACUGGUUCUCGCCUCCGGUGUGGUGUUUGUACUAGUGGAAAUGAUUCUAGUGAAGCCGGUGAUGGCGUGGGUGGCGAAGAGGGCUGAAGGAAGGGAAGCUGAGAAUGAGAUAUGGAUUAGUUUGACAAUGGCCGGAGUUUUGGUAUCUGGUUUCAUGACGGACAUGAUUGGAAUUCACUCCAUCUUCGGAGCUUUUGUGUUCGGGUUGACAGUGCCGAAGGAAGGGGAGUUCGCCGGAAAACUCAUAGACAGGAUAGAGGACUUCGUCACCGGGUUACUUUUGCCGUUGUACUUCGCGUCCAGUGGGUUGAAGACUAACGUGGCAACGAUAAGUGGGGGGAAAGCGUGGGGCUUGGUGGUGCUGGUGAUCGCCGUGGCAUCCGCCGGAAAGAUCAUCGGAACGUUCUUGGUGGCGCUUGUGUGCAAGAUGACUGUAAAAGAAGCGUUUACUCUUGGAGUUAUUAUGAACACUAAAGGACUCGUUGAGCUCAUUGUGCUGAAUAUUGGGAAGGAGAAGAAGGUUCUUAAUGAUGAGACGUUUGCUAUCAUGGUCGUCAUGGCUCUGUUCACCACCUUUAUGACCACGCCGGCGGUCAUGGCUAUCUACAAACCGGCAAUGUACAAUGGCCGGAAAGUUCAGCAGAGCACCACGCAUCCCUGCGAUGAAUUUAAAGAGUUUCGUGUGCUUGCUUGCGUUCAUGGAAACCGUGAUGUCUCUUCUUUGGUAAACUUCAUAGAAAUGAUCCGUGGAGGUACUAAGAAAUCAGCAUUGAAGCUUUAUAUACUUCAUCUGGUUGAACUCACUGAAAGGUUCUCGUCAAUCAUCAUGGCGAGAGCCAGCGCACUGCCAUUCGGCUGUGCAAGUAUUGCACCUGACUCGGUGUCCGUAACGUUCGAGACUUACGGCCAGCUUGGCCGAGUCCAGGUCCGGGCAAUGAAAGCAGUGUCGGCGAUGUCAAGCAUGCAUGAGGAGGUGUUCAGAGUGGCAGGAGAGAAGCAGGCUUCUCUAGUUGUAGUUCCGUUGGUAGAGAACAUGGGAGUUGAGUGGAGAGCAGUGAAACAAAAGGUCUUAGAAAAGUCACCGUGCACUGUGGCUGUGCUUGUGGACAGGGGGUUAAGUAGACGAGCUUCACAAGAAGGAACAGAGGAGGUUGGUUGGAAGGUGUGUGUGGUGUUCUUUGGGGGACCUGAUGAUAGGGAAGUGUUGCAGUUGGCCGGGAAAAUGGUUGAGCACCCCGGCGUUGAGCUCACUGUGAUGAAUUUUGUCAAAUCAAAAGAAGAGUACUGUGAGAAAGAUGUCUACACAUUCUCCACUGCUGAUACAGAAAAGGAGUUUGACAAUGCCGCGGUGGAGGAGUUUAGGAAGAGGACGGAAGGGAGAAUGAGGUAUGAAGAGCGGUCGGUGAGAAGCGCAGUUGAAGUGGUGAUAGAGAUUGGUCGGAGUGGGGAGUAUGAAUUGGUGAUAGUGGGGAAGGGGCAAUCCUAUUGUCCGAUGGUGGCCGAGCUUGGUGGGCGGACCGCGGAGCUGGGACUAGUCGGGGACACACUAAUGUCGUCCGCGCACAGCAUAGCUUCUUCGGUGCUGGUUGUGCAGAGGCAUGACAUUGAGACUCCGGUGUCUUUGGUACUAGACAAUAGUGAAGUAGCUGUGGAUAUGCCAUGAAGCUGUAAUAAUGUA